AACCACUGCUACACAGAGCUGCUGCCGAAAUACCAUGUCUAAGAACUCGGAGCUCAUCAAUCUGUCAUUUUUAUUAGAUCAUGAGAAGGAAAUGAUCCUGGGAGUCCUAAAGAGAGAUGAAUAUUUGAAAAAAGUGGAAGACAAGAGGAUAAGGAAGCUGAAAAAUGAACUUUUAGAAGCAAAGCGUAGGAGUGGGAAGACUCACCAAGAGACCAGUAGAGUCUGUGUUCACUGUCAGAAAACCCUUGGCCUCAUCUUUGACCGGGGAGAUCCAUGCCAAGUCUGCUCACUCAGGGUGUGCAGUGAGUGUCGAGUUAAGGGACUUGACGGCAGCUGGAAGUGCACUGUCUGUGCCAAAGUCGCGCAGCUAAAGAUUAUAAGUGGAGAAUGGUUCAUAGAAGAAAAGGCAAAGCGUUUCAAGCAAGUCAAUGUUCUAGGCACUGAUGUAGUUCGACAGUCCAUCUUAAGAAGAAGUCCAGGGUCUGGAGAAAUACAAAACCAAGAGCAAGCACAUCAAGGUGUAGACAAGUCAGAUACAUUGCCUUCUGUCAGGCAGAAGGUCACUCAUGAUGGACCAAAGAGAAAGGGUUUUCUUCUUAGCAAGUUCAGAUCAGCAACCAGAGGAGAAAUCAGAACUCCAAAACCUGAAAGCGGAAGGAGCUAUAGCUUGGACUUAGACAGUCAAAAUCUUCAGAGUUUCAAGUCAGCCUCUGGUUCAGACAGGGGAAGUACUACUUCAUCAGAUCUCAUUGUCCAGGAGGCUGGACGAGGAAUACCAAAAGGCAGCUAUGGCAAUGGUGGAAUCCCAGGAACUCAGAGGUCACCAGCCCCAAGUGCUCGUAGUGUGACCUCUAUCAGCAGUAGGGAACAAGGUUUUGAAAAUUCCAUGAUUUUGGCUACCAUUGAAAGCACUUCUGAGGAGUUCACAAAGAGUCACCGCAGAAACACAUCUGGUACACCUUCCAUCGCAGUGUCUGGUACCUCGCUCUCUUCAGAGCGGAGUCGAUCUGAGUUAGAUUUGAGUGAGUCAUUUGCAGAAGACUUAGAGGACACUUCAAGCAUAAGAAGCAGAUCUGUCCCUGGGGCUUUAGACAAAGACUUGAACUCCUUAGAAGACACUGAAGACGGUGUUGACUUAGUGUCCUCCAGGUUUUCUGCAAAUACCCAGAGUCUGGCAAGUGGCCUGUCAACUAACUCCCAAGCAGGAUCUGAUAGGAAGAGGAGCUACCUAAAUGUGCCUGAUGCUGAUUCAGACACUACUAGCCUUAACAGCAUGAUGAGUGUUUACAGUGAAACAGGAGACUAUGGCAACGUGAAAGUCACCGGUGAGAUUCUCCUCCACAUCAGCUACUGCUACAAAACUGGUGGGCUAUACAUCUUUGUCAAGAACUGCAGAAACCUGGCCAUAGGAGAUGAAAAGAAACAAAGGACAGAUGCUUAUGUCAAGUCAUACCUUCUUCCGGACAAGUCCCGAAACAGUAAACGUAAGACCAAAAUCAGGACAGGUACCAAUCCAGAAUUCAACGAAACAUUAAAGUAUACAAUCAGCCACACCCAGCUGGAAACAAGGACUCUUCAGCUCUCAGUCUGGCACUAUGAUCGGUUUGGACGCAACAGUUUCCUUGGAGAGGUGGAGAUUGCUUUUGACUCAUGGAACUUUGAAAAUCCAUGUGAUGAGUGGUUUGUGCUUCAGCCUAAGGUGGAGUUGGCUCCUGAUAUUACCCUUCAAUACAAAGGAGAGCUAACUGUUGUUUUGCGUUAUAUUCCUCCAGAGGAGAACCAUAUAUUCCCAGUAGGACAACCUCAAGGAAAGAAGAUCUUUAAAAAGGGAAAGAAGAAAGAGUCACCUGCCAUUUCUGGGGGAAUACUUGAAGUGUUCAUCAAAGAAGCAAAGAAUCUGACAGCAGUAAAAUCAGGAGGCACUUCUGACAGCUUCGUCAAGGGCUACCUGCUUCCUGAUGAUAACAAAGCCACAAAGCACAAAACUGCAGUUGUAAAAAAAAGUGUCAAUCCUCAAUGGAACCAUACCUUCAUAUUCAGUGGCCUGUAUCCUCAGGAUAUAAAGAAUGCUUGCCUAGAACUCACCAUCUGGGACAAGGAGGCCUUUUCCAGCAACAUCUUUUUAGGAGGUGUUCGUUUAAAUUCUGGAAGUGGUAUGAGCCAUGGGAAGACCGUGGACUGGAUGGACUCUCGUGGGGAAGAACAACAGCUUUGGCAAAAGAUGGCUGACAACCCAGGAACAUCUGUAGAGGGAGUUCUCAUGCUACGUUCCAGCAUGGCAAAAUGUAGGUUUUGA